UGAAAAUUGAAUUGAAUGAGAUCCAUCCAUCCAUCCUUGUAAUAACAAACAAUUUCUCAUUACUUUUUUAGAGUAAUAAUAAGACUGUCACUCAACUGGGUCACUUCCAAAACCUCUUGCAAAACUCCAACUAAGCUAUCUCAGGAGCUUUCCUAAAUUCUCAGUCAGAACUUUGAUCUGCUAUGAACCACUAAGGUUGAAGCUUCCAUUUCAAUUUUUGUUUGCAGAAACAGCAAUGUGGAUUCAAACUGACAUGACGCUGUCAAUGCUGAUGUUGUUGUUCCUCGUCUGCUCUCUCCUCGGUGUCUCACCCACCGCCUCCUCAGAUCUGAGCACUGACCUGGCCGCGCUGCUCUCCUUCCGCUCCGCCCUCGGCGGCCGUCCUUCAUCUCUCUGGAACACCACCAGCUCCGACCCCUGCAACUGGUUCGGAGUUAAAUGCGACAACGAACGCGUCACCUUCCUCCGGCUACCGGCUUCCUCCCUCUCCGGUCAGAUUCCCGAGAACACUCUCUCCAAGCUUACGCGCCUCCGUACGCUUAGCCUCCGCCUCAACCGCCUCUCUGGCCCUCUCCCUUCAGACCUCGACCAAUGUACGGAGCUCCGGAACCUCUACCUCCAGGGGAACCAUUUCUCUGGACCUGUGCCGGCUUACAUUUUUGGCUUUCACGCUCUGGUCAGGCUAAACCUUGCUAGCAAUAACUUCUCCGGUGAAAUCCCUUCCGGAUUCAGCAAUUUGACCCGUUUGCGCACCCUAUAUCUGGAAAACAACCACUUCUCCGGGUCCAUUCCGGACCUAAACCUCCAGAAUCUCGACCAGUUUAAUGUCUCCUUCAACAACUUAAAUGGGACGGUACCGAAGAGCCUCCGAGGGAUGCCGGCGGAGGCUUUUUCUGGAAAUUCACUCUGUGGGAGUCCUCUCAUGCAUCUAUGUCCAGGGCAGACAGUUCCACCAGCCAUUGCUACAGGCGGCAUAGAAGUCGGUAAAUCUAAACACAGGCUGUCAGGAGGAGCCAUUGCAGGCAUUGUUAUAGGAUCUGUUGUCGGAUUUCUUCUAUUCCUGUUUGCGUUGUUUAUGCUAUGUAGGAAGAGAGGUGGCAAGUACAAAUCGCGUUCUAUGGACGUUCCUACAUUUAAGCAUCCUCAGCAGGAACAGGACGUUUCUGGGGAGAAGCCAAUGAUUCAGAGCGAAAAUGGAGAUUCACAUAACAGGUUUUCUGUGGAUGAUGUGGAGCCAUUGCCCGUGAAUGGGAAGGAAGAAGAGAGCAGCGGAGGUGGAGAUGUUGCUAAGAAGCUUUUGUUCUUUGGGAAAAGUAAUAUGAAGGUGUUUGAUUUGGAAGAUCUGUUGAGAGCUUCUGCGGAGGUUCUAGGUAAGGGGACAUUCGGAACAACUUACAAGGCUGUUUUGGAGAUCGGGGCUGUAGUGGCGGUGAAAAGAUUGAAAGAUGUUGCCACUUCUGAGAAGGAAUUCGGAGAGAAAAUCCAGAGCAUUGGUGCUAUGGUCCAUGAGAAUUUGGUGCCUCUCAGGGCUUAUUACUAUAGCAAAGAGGAAAAGCUUCUUGUCCAUGACUAUUUGGCAAUGGGAAGUUUGUCUGCAUUUCUACAUGGGAACAGGGGAGCUAGCAGGACGCCAUUGAAUUGGGAAAUGAGGUGCAGCAUUGCCCUUGGAGCUGCCCGCGGCAUAGAAUACUUGCAUUCUCAAGGCCCCGAUGUCUCUCAUGGGAAUAUCAAGUCGUCCAAUAUUCUCCUAACAGAAUCCUAUGAAUCCAGAGUCGCAGAUUUCGGGCUGGCAACAAUGGCUGGACAAUCAUCGUCCACUGCUCGAGUCAUUGGGUAUCGAGCACCAGAGGUAACUGAACCUCGAAGAGUCUCACAGAAGGCUGAUGUCUACAGUUUUGGGGUACUGCUCCUGGAGCUCCUUACUGGAAAGGCACCCACUCAUGCAAUCCUGAACGAGGACGGUGUUGACCUGCCGAGGUGGGUCCAGUCCGUGGUCCGAGAGGAGUGGACCUCCGAAGUCUUUGAUCUUGAACUCCUUAGGCACCAGAAUGUCGAGGAUGAAAUGGUGCAACUGCUCCAGCUUGCCAAUGAUUGUGUAAAACAGCACCCCGAUGUCCGGCCAUCAAUGCCCGAGAUCACUAGGAGGAUCGGGCAACUUCAUCAUUCAGGCGUGGCAGGACAUACUACUCAGGAACAUGUCACUGGAACCGAAUAAGGAAACGGAACAUCAACAGCAAAUUUUCUUGACGCGGGUUUGCUUUUGCUAUGAAAAAAUGUUGUUUGCAAAUCUUAUUCAUCAUGUAGUAGUAGCAGCAGCUUUCUUUUAAAAAUUUGAUAUUGGGGGAGGGAAUAUGUUCUUUGUAUUUGUUCUUGUUAGGUGGAUGACAGCUGAUGUAAUUAUACUCCAGCUUUUUCCUUUUUCGAACUAACUUUGUGUGCUGUUGAGAACUUCAUUGACUAUGGAUAUUUCGCUUUCCUUUU